GCUAUUUGUUUCCUCUAGAUGAAAUUGUGUUGUGCCACAGAUCCAGCUAGUGCUGCUGCAAUUCAGGCAAGUAGGGAGGAGGGAGAUUCUCGAUCAGUGUUUGUUGGUAAUGUUGAUUAUUCAUGCACCCCAGAGGAAGUGCAACAGCAUUUCCAAUCAUGUGGAACAGUGAACAGAGUCACCAUCCUGACUGACAAGUUUGGCCAGCCAAAAGGUUUUGCUUAUGUAGAAUUUCUGGAAAUGGAAGCUGUUCAAGAGGCUCUCCUUCUGAAUGAAUCUGAAUUACACGGUCGCCAAUUAAAGGUUUUGCCUAAAAGAACCAAUAUUCCUGGGAUGAAGCAGUUCCGUCCAAGACGCUUUAGCCCAUACUUGGGGUGCCGAUUCAGGAGGCCUUAUGUGCCUCCUUACUUCUACUCUCCAUAUGGGUACGGAAAGGUUCCUAGGUUCAGAAGACCUAUGCGUUACAGGCCCUACUGCUAAAUGGUAGUUCACUGAAUGGACGAUAAGUACAGAACGCUCUUUCGGGAGAUCGUCCUUGAAGAAUAAUAAUGAGACCAUCUUUUUAAUUUCUUUGCUCUUAUUGCUACUAUCAAUAUCGGACAUUGUGACCUCUCCAAGGUAAAGAGCAAAGCUUGUCUAAUACUCUCUGCAUGAGCAUGAGGGUAAACAAUGUAAUUAUGAUGUUUGGAUAAAUCCUAAACUACGUGAUUAUGAAUUAUCGUCUCUUUAUGUCA